GUGCGGCGUUUCUCUCUCUCUCUCUCUCUCUCUCUCUCUCUCUCUCGGCCCUCGCGCUUGCGUACUACGGCUCGUUCUUGUCACCACGGCCCGGAUCGGGAAGUGUCAAGUGGGAACCAGGUUCCCCCGCCUUUGCAGCCUCUACAGCUGAACCCGGACCCCUCACCCGGGCCGGGCACUACCGCCAUGACGAACGUGUACUCCUUGGAUGGGAUUCUGGUGUUUGGUCUGCUCUUUGUUUGCACCUGUGCCUACUUCAAGAAAGUACCUCGUCUCAAAACCUGGCUGCUUUCAGAGAAGAAGGGAGUUUGGGGUGUAUUUUACAAAGCUGCUGUGAUUGGAACCCGGCUGCAUGCUGCUGUUGCAAUUGCCUGCAUCGUAAUGGCCUUUUACGUCCUGUUUAUCAAAUGAAUUCCAAACCAUCCAGCUCAUCAGCUGCCAACCCAGGGGAUAAAGAUGAAGAACUUGUCGGAAACCUGGACCCAGCAUAGGAGAGUUGAGCUAAAAUCGUCAGUGUCCCCAAGAUGACACUGAAGCGUCUGCCUGCCACAUGUGGGGAAAACUCAUGGUCACAAACAUUUUUGUUUCAGGGGAUUCCAGAAAGCCAACCUUUUUUGAUCUCUGCAUUAAUCAGCUCCCAGCAG